CGCGCAGCCCCGUUGGGCAGCGGGCAACACAGCCCGGCGUCCGCAGGCCCCUUUCCCUGCCAACACGCCGCCGGCCGCUCGCUCCCCGGUGACGCCAGGUGGCGCCGGAGCCGCGCAGGCGGCCUUUCUCCUCCUUGUGGCGCCGAAAUCAAACCCGCCCUGGAGGCCACGAUGUCCAAGAAAAAAGGACUGAGCUUUGAGGAGAAGAGAGCUCGCAUGAUGGAGAUCUUUUUUGAGACAAAAGAUGUAUUCCAGUUGAAGGAUAUAGAGAAGAUUGCUUCAAAAGACAAAGGGAUUAUGUUUGUGCAGUUGCCACUGUCCUUGAUGAGCAUGUCAUUGUGGCACUGUGACACUUCCAUGUCGGUCAAAGAGGUUCUGCAAAGCUUAGUUGAUGACGGCAUGGUGGACACUGACAGAAUCGGAACUUCCAAUUACUUCUGGGCUUUCCCAAGUAAAGCUCUCCAUGCCAGGAAGCGUAAAUUAGAAGAAUUACAGACUCAGUUUGCAGAAACCAGUCAGAAGAAAGAGAUUUUACAAAAAGGCAUUGAAAAAUCAAAAAUUGGACGUGAAAAUACUGCAGAACGUGCAGCUCUGGUGAAGGAACUUGCCGCCCUCCGGCAGGAAAAAGAACAGCUAAGGGCAGAAAUAGAAAAAUACAGGGAAUGUGAUCCAGACGUUGUUGAAGAAAUGCAGUCUGCAUCUUUAGAAAUGUGCUGUGAGAAGGCCAGGAACAUAAACACAAUUGGCAGCACACCCCAGAAUUGGACAGAUAUUCUUUCUUUAGUGAGACCAUGACUUUUUUUGUCAGUUACAUUAUCUUUCCCUAAGGAUGUAAUGGUAUGCAGGGGAAUAUGCAAACUUGAGAUUUACUAUGCUGUAAAUCCUCUGCUGUGUGCUCUCCUAAGGACAAAUAACAGGCACACUCGAGCUGCAAAAAUGAAUACAUUUAGGCAGAAAUUGACAACAGAGGGAUUUGUAGUGACAGGUAUUUAAAGUGCUGAGAUAGUCUUGUAGUGAAGCACUGCACUGGAGCAGUUGAGGAGCCUCUCUUUUAAAGGAGUUGCUGUGAGCAUGUUUCUAAGUACUAGGCACAGAGAGAUAAAUUACAGCUCGAAUGGUAGGACAUCCUCUAAUAGAUGGAAACACAUGAACUGAUAUCUAGAAAAGAGAGAAAUAAUUGUAAUCAUUAAUUGCUCCAGGCAUGGCCUGCCCUUCUUUAAAGCAUGUGGAAGUUCCAUGUGAGCUUCUGCAAAAGAGGUGAGCAUUUAAGGGAACUGGUGACAGGUGCCUUGUUGGGCUACCUGGAGGCUUCCCAAGGGAUUGUGCAGCAGUGCUCUGAAAAUAAUUUGUUGCUGACCUUCAGUUAAAAAGUUGCUUUGAUGCUUUGUUGUAUGUUUCAACAGUUACUGUUGCACUGCCUAAAGUUGCUGGCAGCAUAAAAAUAAUUAAACGGAAAUAUCACUUUGAGGGAGUUAAUAUCCUUGUCAAAACUGAAUGGAAUUUCAUGAUAUAUGGAAAAACAAAACAAAACUGGGAGAGAGGUGAGGUUGGGGAAGAGACUUCUCUUGCUCUGGAUUGUGGGGAAGUACAAAGGCAAAAAAAAAAAAAAAAAAAAGAUGCAGGAAAUUGUAGCUUUUAGUGUAAGAAGAUAUAAAGAAUCUCAUUCAGUGGAAGAUAUUCAUCUAGACAUAAGCGCUAGUGCUGUUGUUUCUCAGAAUAACCUUAUAAACCAAGUUGUUUCCUCAGAUUUUUAAAUCCUUUCCACACUGCAUGAGUGAUACGUGAUUUUCCACGAAAUAUACAAUUUCAGUAACUUAAUCCUUGUGAGUAUUUUCAGUUGGAUUAACAUGGGGAUUACCAAAUCUAAAUUAAUUUAUUUUCGUUUUGAGUCAGUCAGUUUUGAGAAAUCAGAGAUGGCAGUUCUGUUACAUAAAAGUACUUUUAAAAGCUGGAUUUGUGGUUCUUUUGUUGUCAUUUUCUGCACUUGAGUUUUCCCUUUCCUUCCAUAAAUAAUUUCAACCCAUAAGGGAAGCUCUCUGAUGUUCAAUAUAAAAUUUCAUACUAUUAAUUGUCUGUCCCGUAUUUUUGUAUGCCUUGAUUUUAUUGUGAUGCCUUAGAGGUGUGUGUCGGAUUGCCUUCUGAUUUUAUCAGCACACAGAUUUUGUGAUGUGCCUCGUUACUCUUUCCCUCAAAAAAAGCGUUGCAGAAACAAACCUAGUGAUAUUUGUUAGAUUUACAUCCUACAUUGAUAAGCCUCAUUAAAAGACACAUGCACACAUAUUGAUUCCAGUGUCAAAAUGAAAUUUGGAAGGUUCAUAGUAAAUAUCUGAAGAAAAUGAAAAUUGAACAUCUGUUUUGUUCCCUGUGUCUUCAGAUAGGAAAGUCAUGCUUGACCAUGUAACUAAAUGUAUUAGAAUGCAUAUUCAGAAAGGGCAAACAAGUACUAAAUACUGACUCUGUUUUCUGCUGACUUUGCUGCUUGUCCUUUUUAUACUAGUAACAAAUGUUCUGCCUUAAUUUUCUUGGCUUUCGUAUUAGAGUAUGUAUUUGAACACAGAGCUUCAGCAUUUGUAUUUAAAUAAUUAACUACAGUAAAUGACAGCAGAAACAUGAUUGGCCACUAGAGGAAGCUACAUAAUGACCUGGUUUUGUGGAUAUAUUUGGAUAGUUACAUUUUAUUGAUAGCACGUUGUGAAAAUAUGCCUACAUUUGCAAAAUGUAAGUUUUUUUAACAGCCACAGUAGUUCAGUCCUGCAAGCUUGUUUGCCUCUUGGAAAUGCUGUUUCAGCCAACUAAGCAUGAUUUAGCAUUGAGUUACAGAUCUUUCCACGGUAUUACAGUCGCUGGUAGUAAAAACAGACCUUCUCUAAUUUUACACUUCUUUGUUGAGCUUGUAAUUCUGCUUCAGUUGGUGCAGGACUGAGCCCUGGUUUCUCAGCUUAAAUGCAGAUUUUUGAAGCUGGAGGGUAUUCUCAUGGGGAAACGGGUGUUGUGGAAAAUAGAGUCCCUGUUUCUCCCAAUGAAAGACUGCAUAACAUAACAUGUAUGUAUGUCUGCAGGACAGGACACACGUAAUGCUGGUACAUUCCCUAAAACUUAUGGCAGAGAAGAGAACCAGAGAAAACACAAAGCUUUCAGAAUUUUUUUAUUCGUCCAGAUUUUUAUAAGACUGACAAUGAAAAGCUCUGCAUAAAGCUCUUCAAGUUUAACCUGUGCAAGUUUCAUUCUUUCUGCCACAAAAAAGAGGUUAAGGAGCUAAAACAAAAUCUGGUAUUUUAUAGUGAGGCAUAUAAAUCUUGUUUUCAGUUGCUGUGCAGUUUAAAACCAGAAACAGCUAAAUACUUCUAGAAUUUAAAACUUGUUCUUUAAUGAAAGGAACAUUAAUUUACGCUCUCUCAAAACACAACCAGGUCUAAAGUUAGUUAUUUUUUUCUUAGUUGUUCUUCUUAGUUAUAUAAUUCGUUAUUUUUUUCUUCGUAGCUGUACCUCGGUUUAUUUGUGCAUUUGGACAGGAUGUGAUCUUAGAAAUGUUAUAUACUGACUGCAGUUCAUGUGCUUGGUGGGAUGUGAGUGCUAUUAUUUAUGGGGUUGGCUUUUUGAAGAAAUUCUGGGAAAAUACCUGGAGUUCAAUGAAUACCAUAAAAACAUAAUGAUCUAUGAGGUGUGUCAUCAUAGAAUGGCCUGGGUUGAAUGAAACCACAGUGCUCAUCCAGUCCCAACCCCCUGCUAUAUGCAGGGUCGCCAACCAGCAGCCCAGGCUGCCCAGAGCCACAUCCAGCCUGGACUUGAAUGCCUGCAGGGAUGGGGCAUCCACAGCCUCCUUGGGCAACCUGUGCCAGUGCCUCACCACCCUCUGGGGGAAAAACUUCCUCCUCAUAUCCAACCUAAACCUCCUCUGUCUCAGUUUAAAACCGUUCUCCCUUGUCCUAUCACUAUCCACCCUCACAAACAGCCAUUCCCCCUCCUGUUUAUACGCUCCCUUGAAGCACUGGAAGGCCACAGUGAGGUCUCCCCGCAGCCUUCUCUUCUCCAAGCUCAACAAGCCCAGUUCCCUCAGCCUUUCCUCACACAGAGCUGCUCCAGCCCUCUGCUCAUCUCAGUGCCUCCUCUGGCCCCGCUCCCAGAGCUCCACGUCCUUCCUGUGCUGGGGGCCCCAGGCCUGGACGCAGCGCUGCAGAUGGGGCCUCACAAGAGCCGAGCAGAGGGGGACGAUCACCUCCCUCUCCUGCUGGCCGCCCCUUUUUCAUGCAGCCCACAACACAGCUGGCCUUCCGGGCUGCAGGCGCACACUGCUGCCUCAUGGCCAGCUUCUCGUCCACCAGGACCCCAAGUCCUUCUGCGCAGGGCUGC